GCAACUUUAAUUGAAGUCGGUAAAUAUAGUGAGAGUGAUGCAGAGCUGUUUAUUGAUAAUAUUCAGCAGAAGGUUAUUUCUAAUGGAAUUAAAUAUACAAGAGCAGAAUCUUCAAAUAUUGAAGAAUCUUUGAAUAUUGAAGAACCUGCGAAUGUUGAAGAGCCUUCGAAUGUUGGAAUUGACAAGUUUCUUGAUAUGUCUGCUAUAGAUCCAGCAGCAUAUUGGUAG